CCCGCCACGUCUCUCUCGGGCGCCGCUCCCGAUCUUGCUCCCGGUGCCGCUCCCGGUCCCGCCCCGCUGGGCCAUGGCGUUCACGCUCUACUCGCUGUUGCAGGCCUCCCUCCUCAUCGUCAAUGCCGUGGCCGUGCUGCACGAGGAGCGCUUCCUUCGCCACGUUGGCUGGGGAAGUGAUCAAGGGAUUGGAGGAUUUGGAGAGGAACCAGGAAUUAAAGCACAGCUGACAAACCUCAUUCGAUCAAUACGAACCGUUAUGAGAUUGCCAUUAAUAGCCCUGAACUCCAUCACAAUCAUUUUCCUCCUGUUGUUCGGUUGAAGACACCCAGUAGAGAUCCUUUGGACAUCCAAAGAAGCCAGUUGCUGACCACCACUGCUCCGAGUUCCCUGGAAUCCAGCAUGGUUUAGCUGUCAAUCUGACAUUCAACUUAAUAAAAGACACUGUUUCUAUUUAUCCCAUUUCCUAAUGUUCCCUUGCAGUUUCAUUAAGCAGGAUCACGGGAUCAAUGCAACAAUGCUGCAAACACAUUGGACUGUGACCAGUUCUGUUGCUGCCUGUUCAUAGUGUUGAUUAAUUAUUAGAGUAAAUGUCAUAGGAUGUUGCAGUGACUGGCAAUGGGCUGCAGCUUUUAAAUGCCUCGUUACUCAGGGAUGAAUUUCCUUCAGUACGCUCUCCAAUUUGUUUUUAAAUUGAGGAAGACAGCAAUCUGUUUGUUUCCAUUUCAAUUACUACCAUGGAACUGUUUAAGAGAAUAUGAAUUAGGCUCUAGAAAUGUGUUAUAAAGAAUAGUUGUUAUAAAGGAUUGAAGUCCAGCUGAGAUAUAGAGGGAGAUAAAACCAGCUGGGUAAAGUCCUGAUUCAGGUUAACAAUGAAAGCUGAAUUUUCCUUCUUUGAUUGGGGAUUUUUGUCUUCCAAGUCAGUAUUUCAUACUGAUGGUGAAGUCAGUUGAAAAUGGGUGCAAUUGCAGUGCAAAACUGAAAAAAAAAAAAUUAAAAAUUAAGAAAAAAAAAGCUGUACCUAGAGCUGGGUAACUCUCUGUUAACUUUGGGGAUAUUAGUGAUUAACAUUUGUUACUUUUCUGUCAAGGAUUGUUAUUAUACUUUUUAAAAUAUGUAUUAAACUUAUGCGUGGUGAUUACUGUGGUUGAAGUGGGGAACCAUUUGUAUUCUGAGCUUCCGGGAAACAAUGCAGGGAGGUGAAUACCCUGUGCUUUUCAAAUGCAUUUAUUUGUGAAAAAUCUGCGAAUUUGCAGCCUUUUCUGUUACUGCUCCUUCCCCUGCCCUCCAUCAUCAUCAUCAUUUGUUAAAUUAACAGCUUUAAAAGUGCAACUGUGUGUGUGUGUGACUUAGCAGUUCUGUCGCAGAGAAUGCUGCUAAUUGCUUUCCAACCACGUCUCAUCUCAAUUAAGACUGCUGAGUUAGGUCUGAAUUGGAAAAGGUGAUUCUCUGGUAUCCUUUUAGAAAAGUUAGAAUUCUUUGUCUGUUCCUCUGCUAAAGUGUUUUCCCUUAAUUUUGAAGAGGGGAGGUCGAGGGAAACCUGUCAGUUUCAUUAUUUUAAAGCAGCUUAGUCAAUCAUCUUUUCUCCUGAUGUCUUGAUGACUAAAGCAUAUGCUGUUGUAUAUGAAGAAUCUGUAAAAUGUAAAUGCAUUUAAUCAUCUUCAAUCACAGUUUUUUGCAGAGUAAAGUACAUCCAGGAGAAGAGUUUUAUGUUUUUUCCUUUUUUCUUAGUGAUUUUUGUAAAUAAAUCCUAAAUUUGCAA